GCCUCUGCCAUGUCUGUAUGCAAUGCCAGUUCUCUGGAACAAUGUGGCCUGCUUGGACCAGCAGAGCCUGAGCGGCAGGAGGUUGAGGCUGGUUUAAUUCCUGUUGUGGUUAGGGUGGCUUUGGCCGGCAUCAUGAUCUUCAUGAUCACCAUUGGUUUCUUAGGCAAUUCAAUAGUGUGUUUGAUCGUCUAUCAGAAGCCAGCAAUGCGAUCAGCUAUCAACCUGCUUCUAGCCACGCUAGCCUUCUCAGACAUUAUGCUCUCUCUGCUGUGUAUGCCUUUCACUGCUGUGACUGUGGCCUCCACGGACUGGAGUUUCGGAGUAGGAUUCUGCCGAGCCUCUGUCAUGCUUUACUGGUUCUUUGUCCUGGAGGGUGUCUCCAUCUUGCUCAUCAUCAGUGUGGAUCGCUUUCUCAUCAUUGUGCAGAGGCAGGACAAGUUAACACCACAUCGUGCCAAAGUUCUGAUCGCAGCCUCAUGGGCUUUGUCCUUCUGUGUGGCACUUCCAUCAAUUGUAAGCUGGAGAACUGGUAUCAUCGUGGAACGGGUGCCCCAGUGCAUCUUGGGAUAUAGUGACUCACUGGCGGAACGGGGUUACAUGGUGCUGUUAGCAGUGGCAGUUUUCUUUGUUCCAUUUAGUGUCAUGCUAUAUUCCUACAUGUGCAUUCUGAACACAGUGAGGAGAAAUGCGCUGCGCAUUCACACCCAUGUUGCUGAAGACUGUGCAGGGCUCAAGCUGGGUCUUACAGGUCUCCAGCGCCCCCCACAGGUCAACGUGGACAUGAGUUUCAAAACCAGGGCCUUCACCACUAUCCUCAUCCUCUUCAUUGGCUUCUCAGUGUGUUGGCUGCCUCAUACAGUAGUGAGCCUGUUGGCCGUUUUCAGUCGCCGCUUCUACUUCAGUCCAGCAUUUUAUCCAGUCAGCAUAGGGGCUCUGUGGCUCAGUUACCUAAAGGCUGUAUUUAACCCUGUCAUCUACUGCUGGAGGAUCCGCAAAUUUCGUGAAGCCUGUUUAGAUUUCAUGCCCAAAACCUACAGGCUCUGCCCCAAGGUCCCUGGUCGAAGUCACAGACGCAUAAGACCCAGCAAUAUUUAUAUCUGUAGCAGUGAGACCCAGUCUGCAGUUUAG